AUGCAAAUACAUUUUUGCACUCCUUAAUAUUUCUUCAACAUAUCACAAAAAUUUCCUUUUAUAGUUUAUGAUUUAAGAGAACAUUAACAUGGUUAUUUGAAAAAUAGUAUUCACGUAACAAAUAUUAAUCGAGUGGAGACAGUUGAUGAUGUGAAAAAACAUUUUGAGUACCCUGAAUAAUAAUCUGAAUAGAAGAAAUUGGAAAAAUUAUUUAUAAGUAGAAAGAGAAAUUACAAUUUUUUUGUUCCAUUUGAUACCUCUGAUAUGUUCAGUUUAUUAUUGAAGGAUAGGGUAAAGGGAGAAGGAUCUGAAAUUUCUGAUUAAUUUAGUAUACCUUUCGAAACUGUCACAAAGUGGUGGCAUGAGAUAACAAAGAAAUUACCAUAUAGAAAGAACUAUAAAAUUAGAAGCAGAGCAUAUACAAUGGUAAUAUAAGAUGAUGAUGAUGAUGACGAAUUAGUUGAUACAGAUUCUUAUUAAACAAUACUACAUUAUAAAAAACAUCAUACUAUAGUUUCAAGUAAAAAAGUAGUAGAAUUACAAGGUAAAUCUAUUAAUAUAAAUGAAAGAGAUAACAAUAUCUAAUGGUCCUAAAUUAAAAUAGCGUUCUGCUAGUUAACCAAAUAGUAUUGGAAUAGGAUAAGGCAAUUUGCAUAUGAAUUCAGAAUUAUUUGGAGCCACGUUAAAAAUUUAUGAGAUUUUCUAGAAGGAAAAGAUUAGAUAAAUGUUUAUAAUAUUGGAUCCAAUAUAAAUAGUUUUUGGAAAUCAUCCUUUUUUAAAUUAUGAGAUAACAAAAAAUAGGGGGUUUUUAGAUAAGACAUUUCCAAAUGAGAUAAUUGAAAAUAAAUUAUAUUUGGGAGGAGGAGAUCAUGCAAAAGAUACCGAGAUGCUUAUAGAUAUAUUAGGAAUAACUCAUGUAGUAAAUGCAACAAUAGAGAUAUAGAAUUAUAGUGAUUAAUGUAAUAAUAAGGGUAUUGAUAAUAAUAGUACAGUAUUUAAAUAUAAAGAUAUAUGAUGAGCCAUAGAUAGAUAUAAAAUAGUAUUUUGAGGAAGUAUAUUAAUAUAUAGAAAAUGCAUUGAUUGGGAAUGGAAAAGUAAGAAAGUGAAUAAAAUAGGUCUUUGUACAUUGUGCAUAGGGAAAAUCAAGAUCAGCUUGUUUUAUCGUAAUGUAUUUAAUGAGAAAAUUUAAUUGGGGAUUUGAGAAGGCAUAUGAAUUUGUAAAGGAAUGUCGAGAAGUUGUUUGUAUAAAUGAGGGAUUCAUAAACUAGUUAAUAGAUAUGAAUUGAAUUGAAUAUUGUGCUG